AUGCACUUGAUCUCACCUUCGUCGACAAAUGCCAUCCCGAUGACGACGAAACUCUCUUAUAUAGAUCAUGUUCGUAAACGAACACAAACGAACCCUUGCCUGAAGCCUUUUGUCGACUACCUUGUCAAAGAGCCUCGCUUUAGGAGUAGGGUGCACAUACUCGACAUCCACACCUCCCCUUCCUCUGUGUUCCAAGCAGUUGAAAUCCCAGAGGAAGAGAUCUCUCGUAUCUAUCAGCAUAGCCCCCUCGUCUGCACUCGAAUAGUCUUGGUCGAAAAUAUCAACUCUCGUCUCAUGAGUCGAAUCGGAGAGGCACUUGAUAUUGACCCGUUUUUUUUUGCUGGUCAUGUCAUUACUGAUUUUAAAGACAUCGAGAAAGCACCCCUGCCCCCAUCUCUAGCAACUCUGCCAUCCAUCGCUGCUGAAAAAGGAUAUUUAAACAUCCACUUCCAACAGGUGCUAGAUCUGGGAAGCUCAGCUACCUUCGGAAACGUGGCUUAUUCUUUAAAAAGCGUCUACCUUCACCUUAUUGGGAGACAGCUUGGCCUGGGUAGAGGCUGUUGCUCCAUGCUUGUUAAGCGGUUAAAGAAUACGUCGACGUCGAUUUGCCUGCUCUUAGUUGACCUCCCGAUCACUCGUGUCCAAGCUGAAUUUCAGAAAACCUUUCCAGCCACGCGCCUUCAUGGGGGAAUCGAGGACUUCGAACAGUCGGCCUCCUCCAGCGCUCUCUCCUAUCAAUCAGCUGACAAAUAUUGGAAUAACUAUUCCAUACUUAGUUGUUUACUCUAUUAUUUUGGAAGUAACCAUUCAAUGUUUCAGGAUGUCCCUGUAACUAUCUUGGGCCUAGCAUACUACCCCGUGCGCAUCAUUCUUAAUGAAUGGAAUGUAUAUACCAGUUUAGUCAGCCGGUACUCUAAGUAUUAUGAAUAUUCUAUAAGUGAUAUUACUUAUAGACUUCAUAAUGAUGAUAUCAUUGACCUCCAGCGGUGGCGUCGACGAAGCCAGCAAAGUCAACACAAGUUAACAGCACUUGUAGACUUUAUCAACUUCCAUCUUGAGGAAGAACCCAAGCAGAAGCGUUGGACUCUGGUUCUCCAAGAUAUCCGCUAUUUACAGCGACAAAUUGAGAUCUACAAACAGAUGCUUGCAGUAGCAACUUCAAUGGUUCAAAUUCUCGAUUCAAGGAGAUCGAUUGUAGAGGCUCUUCACAUCAAACGUCUAACUUUUUGCUACGUAGAGCUGAGACUGGAAGAGUAA